CCUUGUCUCUCCCUCCCUCCCUCCCUCCCUCCCUUUCCCCAUCUCUUUCCUCUCUCUUCCCUCUCUCUCCCUCUUUCUCUCCCCGUCCUGGCUGGGCUCGCUCGCCGUUGCCAUGGCGAGCUCGGCGCGCCGAACCCUCGCACCCAGCUGUCAGGUCGCUAGAUCGCCGCCCCCUCCCCCCGCAGCCCCGCCCCACCCCCACCCAGGCAUCCCCGGCUCUCGCCUCCGCCCAAUUGGGGUCGUGGCAGACGAAGGCACCUCCUCCCCAGCAUCACCCCCGAGCCCACCUCCUCCUCCUCCCGUGCCGCGGAGCCUCUGGGAGGGCCGUACCUGGCUGGGGAUGGGAGGGACUGGCCUUCUGGGGUGCUCGGCCUCCCCCGCCCGCACGGAAGGGGCCGGGGCGGCCUAGCAUCGGGCCGGGUCCCCGCCUCCUUUCCCGCCCCACCCUCUCCCCCUCAGGCUGGCCUUCCCAUCCCCUCCUGCCGGGCCCCACCCUCUUCCCCACCUCUCCGGCCCCGCCCCAGCCCGCUGUGGCUCGGCGCGCUCGCCCCACCCUCUCUCGGGCCCCCUCCCCCCUUCCCAGCCCCUCCCCCUCUUUCGGCCUCCUCGGCUGGCGCUGCCGCUGCUGGUCCCUUUUAAGGAGCUCCACCCAGGGGCAGCCCAGGGUGGGGCUGUUCUCCUGUUCACACCUCAUCGCCCUGCCGGAGAGAGCCCCAGAACGGGGGAGAGGAGAGCCCGAGAGAUCGAAGGGAGCCCCCCGAGCCCGCCGCCGAGCCCGAGCGAGGGGGAGGGUCCUCGAGGGCCUCCGGCCAGCCCCGGCCCCUCCUAGCCCCUCGGCGCCCCGCCCCGCCGCGCCCGGUACCUUCCCCGGUCUGCCUAGGCCGGGCCCGGGCCGGCCAGCCCAGCGGGGCGGGACAGGACAGGGCAGGGCAGCGCAGAUCGCGGCGGCCGGCGCCUCCACACCAUCCGGCCCCGGAGCCGUGGGCGCCGCAGCGGCUCCUGAAGCCCCUGGGCCCGGGCUUGCCUGGGCGAGCGAGCCCCGAGGGCGCCUUCUGGGGCUUGGGAGCCCCGGGCCGAGCGGGCCGGGGGGCGGAUGGGCAGAGACCGAAGGGGGCGCGCCUCCUUCUCCUGGGAACCCCGGGCACCUUUGGAGGCCCGCCGGGGAAUCGCCGUUCGGGGAGGGGGCCGCUAGGCACUGGGCCUCCCCCUCCCUUCCCCCCCGCCCCCCGGCCGGAUGCGGCGUGCACGCCUCUGGGGCCCGGGGUGCUAGGGGGGCUGUGAGCCGCCACGGGCCUCGUACCCCAUCCCCACCGCAGCUGCCGGUGGGGCAUCGGGGCCGCCGCUCGGGGCCUGCCCCCCCGAGCAUGAUCCUCCCAGCGGACAGCAUGAGCAGCGCUGCGCGGCCCCGCAGCGGGAGUCCUGAGGAGCGGACAGCGGCAGCCGCAGCGGCCCCAGCGGCCAGACCGGGGAGCGAGAGAGCCUCAGUCUGGUGUCGCUUCUAGAGCUGUUUGGAGGAACUGUGCCCGGGAGCUGAGCUGCCACGCCUCUCACUGCUCCGCCAUCUUGGCCCCGCCCCCUGCGCCAGGCCCAUUUCAGGUUCAUUUUACUCACUCCGUUCCCAUUGUCGGGUGCCGUCUGCCCAGUCCUGCCUCCUUUUCUUGCCAUUGGUUCCCAUUAAGAAAAAGCUUUCGGACAGAGCGGCCCAGAACUGGGUUGGCUCGGAAGGAUCCCAGGUCAUUCUGCUGGAGCUGUGACAUCAGAGUCAGACCUGAAUUCACUGAAUCCUCACCACAACCUUUGGAGGGAGGGCUGGCUUUAGCUCUACUUUACAGUUGGGAAAACUGAGGCUAAGAGAAAUAAAACUGCCUUUCCCAAGAGUCCCAGGAUUCACACUCAUCUGAUCGUAACAUAGUGACUUCCCCAUCACUGUAAAUAUGUGAGCAGAGACUUGAUGGAGCCCCACCCACAGAGAUUAUAAAAAAGAUGUCUUGACCGUGACUUGGUCUGACCCUGCAGAAAAGAGGGCCUAAAACGGCCAUGUCCCUCACCCUGCUGCUUGCUGGGUACUCAGAGGAGUUGAAAGCAGAGGGAGCAGCCGUGCCCUCCCCCCAUUCCCAUCACUACAGGAGGCCCUAGCUGCAGACUACAGGAAAGGCUUCUCGGGAUUGACAGAGAGGGGGAAGAUGACGUCUUCCUCACUUCUGGAGCUCAGCUCCAUAGAGACGCCCACGCUGCUGAGUGAGAUCAAGACGGAGCCUCCCGAGGAGCUCCUGGCCCCCGAGUGCAGCGGGCCCCAGGCCGAGCCGGUGGACCUGUCCCUGCACAAGCCCAAAGCCUCGCCGCCACACACCAGCCCGCUGCUGCCCUCGGCCAUGCUGGUGGCUCCCUCGGUCCAGCCGCCCGUGGUGUCGGUGUCCCCCUCGGGUCUGGGCUCCCCCUCCACCUCGGCCAUCCCGGCCGUGCUGUCUCCCGGCUCCAUCCUGGCCUCGACCCAGGGCAGCAGCGGCCAGCAGAUCCUGCACCUGAUCCACACCAUUCCCUCGGUCAACCUGCCCAGCAAGAUGGGGAACCUGCAGACCAUCCCCGUGGUGGUCCAGUCCCUGCCUGUGGUCUACACCACUGUGGCUACUGACAGCGUCACGGCCGCCAUCACGGUCCCGCUGAUUGGAGGAGAUGGCAAAAAUGCUGGUUCUGUGAAACUGGAUCCUAGCUCCAUGUCUCCAGUGGAAGUGCAGAGUGACAGUGAAGACAGUGUGGGGGAGACUGUGUCUGUGUCUGCAGCCUUUCAGGAGCUGCAGAGAGAGUCUGUGGGGGUCCCGAUACAUCACACCGAGUCCCCUGACCUGAAGAAGAGGCGCAUUCACCAGUGCGACUUUGCAGGGUGCAACAAGGUCUACACCAAGAGCUCCCACCUGAAGGCCCAUCGGAGAAUACACACUGGAGAGAAGCCAUACAAAUGCACCUGGGAAGGCUGCACCUGGAAAUUUGCUCGCUCGGAUGAGUUGACCCGGCAUUUCCGCAAGCACACGGGCAUCAAACCCUUCCACUGCUCGGACUGUGACCGAAGCUUCUCCCGUUCGGACCACCUGGCCCUUCACCGGCGGCGGCAUAUCAUGAUGAAACUGGCAAGUUCCCUGGGAUCUUUCUCCAAGAGUGAGCCCCAGCAGUGGAACCCAGACGACCAGUUGGCAGCUCCUUCAGGGUACCUCCUGCUGCCCACUUCCCUGCCAAUGGACUCGGACGCUGAGUGAGCCCCUGCUGCCUCCUUACUGUCAGGCCAGCGGGGCUCAUUUAGAAACAGUGUUUCCUAAUACACCAGCAGACAAUAUUUCGGACAUUAGCUGAGUCACGCAGGGAAGGCCUCUAAAAUGUAGGAAAACAGAGCAAAGCGGGUGGCACGAGUUCCCAUGCCCCAGCCGUGUCCCAACCCCCCAAGGAGGGUGGAGGAGAUAAAUGGCAGCAAUUUCUGGAGCCUCUCCGCCUCCUCUUAUGCACAGACUACUGGCUGUCGCUGCCACCAUUGCCGCCACUGGCAAGUCCCGCCUCCCUUGCCCUCCUGAGCAAGAGAGCAGCAGGGUGUGUUUUCUCCCACUGACCUUUCCCCUUUCCCUUUUCAAGGGCCUCCGAGCUGGAGCCGUCCUCGCCGGAAGGUCCCGCUGGCCUCUUAGCUUUUCUCGCCACCUUUUGCCUGUUUUUGUUUCCAGUUGGGUGCUCUGCCCCCUGCCUACCAGGGGCUUUCUGGUGUUGGGGUUUCCUUGGUAUGGGGAUCUUGGGGACUCAGCUGGGCCCCGGCCUCUCAUGUGCCUUUUGCACUGAGGGCUCCCCAUUUCAGUUGGCCCGAAAGGCCGGGCCUAACACAUUUUCCUGCCUUGUCUUCUGCUUCCCCUGAAGGGGCCACUAAUCGCAUGACUGCGGAUAGGAACUGUAUUCACAGCCAGUGCUUUGGGUUCCAAAGGGACUGUAGCUGCUUUCCAACCUCCAAGGAAAUGUCUCCAGUUGAGGGGUGUCGAGGGCCUGCUCUCUGACCUGACUUAUAGGCGUAGCUAGGAGCUGAAGGAGGGGACGGAGAGAGCAAAGAGCUCCCUAAUGUGACUCCAUUGGGGGGCCAUUCACUCCAUUAGGGUGACUCCCUCCCCGCUUCUCCCCAGAGACACUGGCAAAUUCUAGACCCGGGAACUUGGGAACCCCAAGUUUAUAACAUCAGGUCCCUCCUUUAGGGGAGGCACGGUGCUGCCAAAUCCUCCUCGGCACCACGCUCCCUCAAGAGUACGCCACGCCUCGUGCUUCAUGCCGAGGCCCGCGAGACCGGCCGAGGGCCGAGACUUUGUCCUCGGCUCGGGAGGAACGCUGUCGUUCCUUUGCUAGUUCGGAUGUUAAAGUGAGUUUACGUUUCCUAAGCACAUUUUGGUGGGUGGUUGGGAGGAGGGGCCUGGGCUAAUACUAAGUUGGCUGGGGGGUGGGGGGGAUCUUGCAGGGUAUCAGAGCCAGCCCCCUCAGGUGUCGGGACAAUCUGAACUCAGAACUUGGGGGAUGUUGUUGUCACGGGCCAGAUGGAGCAUCGCUCUGUUGCUCCCAGUGUGGUGGGUUCUGACGGUCGACCCUUCUCGUGAGUGUUUGGCUUCGAUUUGUUUCUGCGGAGCCUUUGUCGGUGCAGACGGGUGCGGGAAAACGGGCCGUUUGGCCGCUUCCGGGUCCCGGCUCCCGGGAUCAGGGCUGACGUGGCCAAGCCGGGCCUCGGGGCUGUUGAGAGGCACCGACCGGCUCCCCGACGGGCGCCUGUCUGGCCCCUGCCUGUUUGGGCUGUGCCCCCGGGCUCGCGCCAGGUGGGCUCCUCUUCCUGGCCUCCAGAUGCUUCCCUGGGCCUUCUCUGUACCGUUGUUCUUCUGGGCUCCGAGCCAGAAAGAUUUCCCUGCAUCUAGGGAGCGGGUGUAAGCUCUUGGAGGGAAUCCCAAGUGGGCGGCCCCUCUUUCAUUUCCCUGAAAGGUGGUUAGUCCAGCCUCUGCUCAAACACUGGAAGUGACAGGGAGCUCACUACCUCCAGAGGCAGCUCCUUUUAUCUACAGGUGUUUUCUUGGGGCUAAAAGGCUAACUUCCCCACUCUGCACAACCCUCCCCCCAGGUCUUUCCACCUCCUGGUCUCAGGCACAACCCUUUUCCCAGGGAUCUCUUCAAUGAAAGAAAUAAAAUUAAGUACAAUUUUUUUCCUGUGAUUACUGUUUGAUUUGUAUAGACUUUUAGAAAACUUUAUACUGUAUAGUGUACAGGUCUAUUGUUUAUAGUUGAUUAAAUAGUUGAUUAAA